GGACUUAUCUCCAGCUUAAGAGAGCUGCUCGUGUUCUGAAACCGGAGUGGCGUCUUUAAAGAUGUAUGAGACUUGUGAAGAGGAAGGCGGCUUUCUGAGGUGGGGAAAGUUCCUCCUAGUAAAUGGGGGGCCUCCGCCUGCUGAAUGAACCCGGUCAGUGUGGGGGAGUACCAUGGGCUGCGGGUGGGCUCCGCCUUGCUCAGCAUUGUGGCGGGCUGCAUCAUUAUUGGGGUGUCCAGGGAGUGCGAUGCUGAUGCUGUGGGUGGUAUCUUCCUCGGAGCAGGUGGCCUCGGCCUGCUCAUAUCGAUCUACCCCUUCAUCAAGGCGUGGCUCAACAUAAACCACAUCCUGCCCUCCUUCGGAAAUUUUCGAGUCCACCCCGCUCCUGUGAAUCCUGCCCCGGAACAAGCCGUGGACGCCCUUAAAAGGGAAGGAACUCAGCUUAACCUUGAACGCUCCAAGAGUCGAAUGGGAACCUUUGCAGAUGGCACUGCGAUGUGUGACCCCAAUGCAGAUGAAGGGACGUCAGCAGACAUGCCCGACGUCUUAACACGGAGGAAAAACGACCCCAUGUGA